AUGAGGAUCCUGUGCUUGCACGGGCGCGGCACCAACGCCGCCAUAUUUGAACAACAGCUUCAACCCCUGAUCCGGCGACUCCCGGCACACUACCAAUACGACUUUGUCGACGGACCCGUACCGGUGAACCCGGCCCCAGGGAUCGCCGACCACAGCGCAGGGCCAUACCUGGCCUGGCACCGGCGGAGCUUCUCUGACGAGGUCGAGGAGGCCCACGGCUUCCUGUCCAGCAUUGUCAGCGAGGACGGGCCGUACGAUGGGGUAAUCGGCUUCUCCCAGGGCGCCGGCAUGGCGGCGGGGCUUCUGAUUGCAGCGAGCACUUGGGGUGGUGAGGCGGCAGCGGCGGCACAGGGGGCGGCCCCGCCAUUUCGAUUUGCCAUAUUCCUUUGCAGCCAGCUGCCCCUGGCAACCUCUUGGGCAGCCGCAGCGGUGGGAUCGUCGGCGUUCCUGGCCGACCUGACAGACGAGGCCCUGGAGUACGAGCGCCGCCCGGCCAUGGCCGAGUUCUUGGGCCUCACGGACAGCGAGCGCGCGGUCGGGCGUGACACACCGCCCGGAUGCGGCAACGGCGGAGGCCGCAAGAUCUACAGAUAUGGUCUCGGGCCCCUGGAAGCCCCGGCGGAGAGCCAGACGGGGCACGCGGGACGGACUGGUGGUGGUGAUGGUGGAGGUGGGCCGCUCGUCGGCGUGCCUACUCUCCAUCUUGUGUCGCCCGCCGACGGGUUCGAGCCGUUCGGGCGCCAGGUCGCGUCCCUGUGCGAUCCGGCCAGGGCGCGCCUCGUGUCCAGCCCCAGCGGCCACAUGGUCCCACACGACCCCGAGUUGCUGGACAAGCUCGCUGCAGAGAUUCAGGACUUGGUCGUCGAGGCUGAAUUGGUCGAUUGCCUGUCCUAA